AUGUCUAGAAUAUCGGGUGGGAACGUGUAUGGACCUUUUGGGGUGACAGUGUUUCCACGAAGCGGCUUUGGUGACCGUACUGGUGGGACAGCCAUCGGUUGGCCUGCUAAAGGGGGCUACCUCACUCAUAGCUGCUCUCUGGUAGAACUUGAGUUUCUUGGUCUUGACCGAUUUCAACGGACCAACAUGUCACAUGAUCCUGAGAAGGAAGAGGCUCACUGCGCCAAAAUGCGACUUCUGGGAGCCAAAUGGUAUCGCAACCCUUACCAAGAACUUCUUGAUGAGACAGCGGAGAAAGAUAUUGAUUCGCCCCGCUUAUUUGUGGGCGUGACAGCUGACGGUGGUGUUUGGGUUAUAUAUACAACAUUGCUGGGGUCGCGAAGGGAAGGCCUUGGAAGAUUGAAGUUUCCCCAGCGAGUAUUCAUGAUUGACCCUCUGUUAUCUACACAAAUUUUAAUGUUAUGGCUUGCAAUUCCCUCCAUAGCUUAUAUAACCACAAUCUCUUGA